UCCAGUCCGCGCACCACAUCGCCGCUGUCGCCCGCGGUGGCAACCACCGCCUCCUUCUCUUCUUCCUCCCCCGCCGCCGGCCGCCCGAAUCCUCAAACCCCAACUCCGGUUCACCGUUCACCUCCCGCCAGCCAAGCCAACAGCAUGUCGAGAGCCGUGGCGCGCCGAUCGUUGCCGCCGUUCUUGAGGCUGCGCUCCGCGGUGUGCGACGACGGAUACUGGAUCGGUAGGUUGGACCACAAGGAUUGGCUUUCCCCCAACGAAUUGCUCAAGAUCUUCGCGAACAUCAGGGAUCCUAGCCUUAUUACCAGUUCCUUCAAGAGAGCUUGUGAUAGAAGGGAUUACAAGCCCAAUGAGGCACUCUAUAGCAUGAUGAUCGACAGGCUAGCAUCCUGCAGGAGGUUCAGUGAUGUGGAGGAGUUGCUGGCCAGGGCAAGAGCUGAGAGGUUCAGGUUUUCUGAUGAGUUCUUCUACAGGCUGAUCAAGAUGUACGGCAAUGUGGCGAACCAUCCCGAGAAAGCAAUCGAGACUCUCUUUGCGAUGCCCGGGUAUAACUGUUGGCCGUCGACCAAGACUUUUAACUAUGUUCUUCACAUGCUUGUGUGUAAGAGGCAGUACGAAGUUGUCCAUGAGGUCUACUUGAGCGCGUCAAGGUUGGGAGUGACAUUGGACACCUGCUGCUUCAAUAUUCUUGUCAAGGGCUUGUGUCAGUUCGGCAAAUUUGGCGAUGCGAUUUCGCUGUUGUAUGAGAUGCCGAAGCAAGGUUGCGUGCCUAAUGUGACGACCUACUCUACAUUGAUGAAUUUCCUCUGUCAACAUGGUCAGGUGGACAAAGCAUUCGAGCUUUGUGAGAGAAUGCAGAAGGAGGAUAUUGUUGCAGAUGCAGUUGUCUACAAUAUUUUGAUCGCUGGUCUUUGCAGAGAACAAAGGGUAACAGAGGCAUUCAAUUUGUUUAAGUCAAUGGUUCCUAAGGGAUGCUAUCCCAAUUCAGGGACAUAUCAGGUACUUCUUGAUGGUCUUUUGAGCUCAGGAAAGUUUGUAGAGGCAAAGGGCCUUGUUAGCAUGAUGAGGGCAGAACGUAUGAGGCCCGGUUUCUCAUCAUUCAAGUUACUGAUAGAUGGACUCUGUAGUGUAAACUGUUUAGACGACGCGCAUCUUGUCUUGAAGCAAAUGGUGGAGCAAGGUUUCGUUCCUCGGGUGGGUACUUGGACAAAACUUGUUACAUCAAUGUGCUAGAUUGUGGUCUCAUGCCAGUGAUUUAUGGAACAACUCAAAUAUUCAAAUAGUAAUAUUUCUGAUAUGGUAGCUUGGUACUAUUGGGGUCUUAUAAUGGCCAAGACCUUUUCACUAGGGCUGUAUGUGAUCAGGAUCUAAUAUAGAUCGGGAUUGUGUGAAGCUGGGAAAGGUAUUGUUCGUUUUGCUGAUCUUCACUCUUAUAGUCUUGCCUUCUGGCCUUCCCAUCAUUUUCUUCUGAAUCUGGACCUUCUUGCCAUUAAAUUUCAUGCAUGCAACCUGAAAGAUGCACAUGAUGAGUUUUCAGAGGGUGUACUAUAAGGAAAAGAAUCUGGUGCGGUAAAGAAGUAACUUCAUGAAGAAGUGAAGUUCAGGAGUCAGGAUUAAAGGAUAAUAGUGGUUGCAUGAGCAAGAAAUUGCCUGUCUUCUGUUUUUUGCACGAAGCAACUUAUCGGGCAUGGCAUGCAUAUCUAUAUGUUCAAUUCGCAUCUCUGGAUUGCCCAACAAACCAACAGUUGUCUAUUGGUUGAUCAGGAACUAGUCUGAGAUGACUUGGUCAGUUGAUUGCACCAAGUAAAAGCGACUAAUGUGUACGGCGUACUAAAAAUAAUCAUGAGUUUGUGUUGGACACUUUGACAUUGUAAACUAUGAUUAGUCAACUAUCCGCACCAGAAAUCUUGAAUAAAAAUUGCAUAUCUUGCAGUACAGUGCUGGUACAGAAGUACAGAACUAUUGCCUAUUACAGCUAACUUUAGUCUUACAAUUUCUCCUGUCUCAUUAACUUUUGAUCUGGUGAAACAUAAACUGAAAAAUAAAUCCUUUGGUAAGGCGAUUUCUGUUUAUGCCUCCAGUGUUUUAGAGCUAGUAGUUGCAAUGUCAUACUAAUGGUUUGACAAAAGUGCAGGCAGCAACAGGGGAUCUGAGAACGACGUGUCAUGGGCGAACCCAUCGUCGCCAUCGCCAUGAACGAAGCUGGAGAUGAUGGAGCCUCCAUGGAAAAGAAGCUUAUUUACAUCUAAUUGUUCUAUCUAAGCUGAGAUUUACCUUGACAGAUGUCCAGACUCCACAGAUCCCUGGGCUUAUGCAGACUGCAGAGAAGCUGGGACAUGUGUCCAUGCUGAUGAACUGGUGCUCAGUUUGCAAAUGCCAACAAGAACAGCCGGUUAGCCACUGCACAUGACAACAGGGUCAUCACAAUGUGCAUCAAUCUAGACCAGCACAUGCUGCAGGAAUCAGACAGGUGACUGAACGGUGCUCUGGUGCUGGAAAGUUCAGGUUUUGGCUGCUUUCGCCUUCAUUUUUAACCCAUCUCAUUUCAGCCUGGUCGCCACUGAAAACGUGGCUAUCAUCGGCUUGGCUGGGUUUCCUCCUACCUAACUUCGGUAUCAAAUGCAUCAAUCAUUUUCUUGAUCUGAACAUUGAACAUUUCAUCAUUUCAAUGAGCCCAUCAUAAGACGUGUACUGUUUCUGAGUUCCUCCAAACGCACAAAGAUCCAUCAAAAACUAAAUGAAAAACGAGUGAUUUGCAGCAAGUUAGGCAGGAUGCGAUCUAUACUCUUGCAAGUGCAUGCAUAGCUGAAGCCCAAUCAGAGAGCAAGAACAGAAGAUUCCCAGAAAUAAAUAAAUAGAGAAGAAAAAAAGAGGAGGAAACAGAUGUAAUGGAUGGAAAAGAAAUUCAAGUGCUGACGUUUAAGUAGGAAUUGUUAGGUACAAUCUCAAAAUCUCUUGGCAUGAAAGUGUUGACCAUCUCUCUCUCUGCGCACGCGCCAAUCUGAAACAAUCAAUCAACCGACCCAGCAGUGCUCGUUUAUACUUGUAGGCUUCUGUCAUCAUCCUUCUUUUUUUUUUCUUCGUGUUUAUUUAUGGUUGGUUUUCACCGACAAAAUACUGACACUUGAUCCACCGAUGUAUCCAGAUUUGAUUCGUAAUUGGUUUGAAUCAUUAUACUAUCGUAUUUAGGAACUGAUUCGAAUCGUA